GAUGGAAAAUAAUGAUGGAAAAUAUUUACUUGAAAAUCACCAGCUGGCCAUGGAUGUGGAGAAUAACAUUGAAAAAUGUCACCUCAAUCUACAGCCCUUGGAAUCAAAGGUGAAAAUCAUUCAGCGCGCGUGGCGCGAGCGCCUGCAGCGGCAGGAGCCCCCGGAGAAGAGGAGCCCGUCGCCGCCCUCCGUGUCCUCGGACAAGCUGAGCAGCUCCGCCAGCAUGCACACCUUCUCGGACGGCAGCACGCCCGAAAGGAGAAACAACUUGCUUAAGAUCAGCUAGCUGGUCAGCUGCAGAGGUGGAGCUAGAAACCAGAUUCUUCUGACCCUCAAGCAAGAGGAUUUCUAUUGCGAUAUGUGCUCACCAAGGAACUCCAGUGCUGAGCAAUCAGUGGAAGUUUGUGGAGAAAUUUUUAAAUUUAAAAUAAAAACAACUUUUUAAACUUUAGAGCUGUCAUUCAAUGGUAUAAGCUUUCUCAUAAAGCAGAGAGCUUCUCAGCACCAGAAAUGUGCACGCACAGACUGGAUGGGCGACAUCAGAGAUGCUGUGCAAGGGGACUCUCUAUUGUGUGUGUGUGUGCAUGUGUGUGUGUGUGUAGCUGUUGGACUAGAUGAUCUCUAAGUUAUCUUUCAACUUGAACAUGGAGAGCCGACGUUAGUACAAUGUUGUCUCAUUAAAAAGAGAAAACAAGAAUAAUUUCUUCAUUCAACAUUUAUUAGGUACAUACUCAAAGCACUGUGUGUCUCUAAGACCUGACAUGAUUACCCAAGUCUGACUGAGCCCCCUGAGAAACCACCUAUUUGAGAAGAAGUAAGAAAGGAGGAGAUUGAGAAUGAGUUAAAAUAAAGAGGAUGGAAAAAGAAACCCCAGGAGGGAGAGUAAGAUGCACCACUUGGAUCUGUUUGAGAAGGGAAAAUUAGGUUAAAGGGAAAAAAAGCAGAACCAAAAUUAUAAUUUAUCUCUUCAUUAUCUCUAGCAUGGAGAUACUUCAAUGCAUGCAAAAGAAAAAAAAAAUUUAGAAUUUAUUGAUCCCUAAUAAAUUCUAUGAUUCUAGUCAGGAUUAUCAAAUCUCUAAUGAGCUUUUGCCUGUAUCCUUUCAACCUGUGUAGCUGUAGCUGCAUAAUCUACCCUUAGAGAUUCUAUCCCAGUUGCCGUCUGUCCUUGUCCUAAUUGGGAGAAAUUCUGAAGCUGUAGACCGUCAAUUCAAGGACUCAACAUUGUCAGCUUUGCUGCUGGCCCUGCUCUGAAUUGGCAUCUUUCCUUGAUUAACUGGAUUUUUCCCAUACAUGGUAUUUUUAGGCUAUGCUGUAACAAAUAUAUCCAAAGUAGAAUAGCGCAAGCACAGCAGAAGUUUAUUCUUGAUUAGGUAUCAGUACGGGACUGAUGGGCAGGUCAAUGGGAUGACCCUCCUUCAUACAGGCAUUCAGAGAACCCAGGAUGUUGUAGGCUCUGCCAUCUUCAAUGUGUGGUUUCCAAAACACCCUAGAAUCAAAACCUAAAGCAAACCAGAACGGGAAAAGGAAAUGGAGAGGCGGACAUGGAAGGUUGUAAUGGACCAGGUCUGUCCAAAAGAGACACACAUCCCUCAACUCAUGUUCUUUUUACUGAACUCGGUCAUAUACCAUACCUAACUGCAAGGAGACUGGGAAAUAUAAUCCCACAGGACACAUAAAAAUAAGGCAAGAAAAUGGAUUUCAGAUCACUUAGUACUUUCUGCCUUACCUGGACUUCUGUUCCACCUGGGAGGAAUUCUUCUUCCAAACCAGUGUUUCCUGCUUCUACAAGCAUGGCGCGCUGCCAGGUCUGCUCGGUGCUACCUUCUCUACAGCCUUGGCCACUGCAUAUUUCAGUCCUGCAGGGUGCAAACGACAGAACCUAACCCAGUUAAUUUUAGCUGAAAAUGAAUUUAUUAGAAGGAUAUCAGCUAUCUCACUGAAUAGACAGGAAGGCUGGAGAAUCAGGCUCAGAAAACAAAGAGGCACAAAGGGAAAUUGGCCAGCCAGAACCCCGGGAAAGGCACACGGAAGGGGCAACAUUGCUGGAGUGCUGCAGGCCUCAGGGACAUCAGAGGCAGCGGUCACAUGGGGUCUAAAAUGUGCCUGCUGCUCUGAGACACUUCCUGCAGACUCAGAGUCCUGGGCAGGGCGCCCCGUUGACUGGUGCAGAUCAUGUGUCUGAAGCCAUAUUGUUUGGAUCCGGGGAAGGGAAGUUACUUCUGUAGCCGGGGGUAGAAUUCUAUUCCUUGCUGUGACUGCCAUAAAUAACAGUGGAGUCAGUAAUGACAGGACAGGGGCUCAGAUGCACCAGAAAAAAAGAAGGGAAUCCACAGUGCCUGCUGCCGUAAGACACUCUAGGGCUGUGUUCGGUCUACUGAUGGCCCAGGCCAAUUCUCACUGCUUCCAGUUGGCCACACCCCUCGACUGUGCCUUACUGCUGUGACUAGACCAUGCCUGUUUUCCCUCCUAAGAUGCGUUCUGAUCACUUUCACCAGUUUAUUACCCUAAUCCACCCGGCAUCCUGUGUGAGACUCACUCUGGCUCUUUUUCAUGCUAGCCGAACUUUUCAGGUCCUAGUCCCACAACACUUGGCAUUGUUUUGAGAACUAAAUUCAGACCUGGGACCUAUGUGAUCAGUCUGCAUGGCCAUCACCCAGACAUUUGACCCAUCUCCUCUGGGAUUUUCUCAUCUGUAAAAUGAAUGAGUUGGCUCAAUUCCCAUUAGUCUCAAAGGGACGCCGAGAGCUUAACAAGAUGGUCCUUCGAGACAUUUGGAACACAGGGUGGCAUUAUCACAUUAUUAUUUUCACAAGCUGUUCACCUGAAGGGAGAAAAUAAAGAGUGGAAAUUUAAUGCCAGAGAGGUUUAUGGCACUUUGUCAAUUCGACAUUAGCUUUGAGGGCUUUUGGAAUUUUGCCUGAAAUUUUCAGUACAAAGCAGCUAAAAGCUGCGUUUUUCUGGGCUUGUGAUAUUCCCGUCCCGAGGGACAGCAUUAGGCAUUUGUGAGGGAUGAACUGUGCCAGACCCAUUUCCCAAUGUCCCAGCAACAGACACAAAGAAGCAGUGCACACUCUGUCACUUGCUGCUUGUACCCACAUUUCACACUUGGAACGGCACCUCUGACUUGUGCCAGAAGCAAAGGGCGGGAGAGGAAUGAUCCACAUACGCAUGUGAAGGAAGCUCCCUGUCUGACGUGCGGGCCCCUUAUGGCUGGGCAGCUUCAAUUGGAGCGGUCAGAUGGACCCUACUGAGGGUCACAGAGCCUUUUUGAGACCUUUCAAAAUCACCCACACCACAGUACUCUUUGAAAGAGAGCUACUGGUUAUGCAAACGUCACAUUUGCCACCUAAACCCAAGAAUAGGCUAAUUAGAAGUAGGGAGGAGAAGUGUAUGCUUUUGGAACUUCAUUUUAAUGAUUUUGGAAGGAAGAGAAAGGCAGGAAAACUUGUUGGGAUCCAGGAAAGCAUUUAUUCACGUGUUUAAAGUUUAAGCUAUGUGAUCAUAAUUACACACAAAAGUUCUAAGUGGUUUCCUUUAUUUAGACCAGAAUUGUUUUCAAAUACCUAGGCUUCCACAUAUGUGCCUAAAACUCAUAUUUAUGUAUAUUUUAAA